UUGUCGCUGUCGGGUGUCGAGCACUCGAGCGCGUCCCAACCUCCCAACAUUAAAAAAAAAGUGAAUCAUUCGUCCGACACCACGCCGUUCAUCGACAUUAUUAUUUUGCAAAAUAAUUCAUUCACAAAGUAUAUAAAUUUAUAUAUUUAUAAAAAGAAUAAUAAUAUAAAAGUUUAUUAUUAAUUAUAAAUAUUGUUGUUGUUGUUGUUGGAGAUAUUGGAGUCGGUGUAAAAGUGUGUGAGAGUGAGGAGGAUAGUAUCGAUUUGCCAGGGGUUCAAGUUAACGGUUUAUUUACAUGAGCUAAUGUUGUAUGUCUCUGCGCAUGCGCCCCCAGACCAAAACAAUAAUAACAGAGUGAAAAGGUUCAUGGCUGGCAGCAGCAGCAGCAGCACUCAGCAGCAACCAGAGCACCAGCAACAGCAGCACUAGCUAAAGCUUUUAAGAACAAGACCUCGGCUGGCUCCAUUUAUAUAUUAUAUCAAUAUAAAUAUAAAUAUCAAUAUAAACUCUAUUACGAUAUCAAAAGAUUACGGUGUCGUCUAAUUAACAUAAAUAUAAACAAAACAUUAAUUAAAUAUUAUUAUUAUCUGUGAGUUUGAUAAAAUAAAGUGUGUGAAUGUUUAUUUUUGUGAAGCAAUAACAGUUGAGUGUAACGUGUCCAAGCACAGCCAUCUAACAAUAUACAAACUCCAAUUAAUUAAUUAGAUAAUUAAUUUUUUUGUUCUCUGUGAUUGGACAUUUUUCUACUGUUUAUCAAUUAUUAAUUCCAAGUUAAUCGACUGAAGUUUAUUACUACUGUUAUAAUUAUUUAAUUGAGUUGGUGUGCAAACAACCUUAAGACAGUUUAAAUAAAAUAAUUUGAUGGACGUGUUACUUUCUCCAAUUGGUUUGUGAGAUUGUGAGUACGUGAAUAAUAUCAACACAAGACAUAUCACGCGUUUUCGCCGGGUGAAUCACGCGCACACUCGAUUGAUUACGCAUAGCUGGAUGUGUUUAUAUACUGGUAAAUACGUUAUUGACGUGUUAACUCAUAAAACCUGAAAAGAUAACAUUGAGCAAGUUUCGAAGCAUCUGCCAGUCACUCAAAAAUUUGAGCUGAGUCAGCAUACCAUUAAUAAUAAUAAUAAUAAUAAUAACAACAACAGAAGGAAGAAGACGCCGAAGGACAUUAAGCCAAAGACUACAUACCUCGGUUUCCUUGAAUUUGGGUAGAAAUAUUUUAAAAAUAAUAAAAUUCAGGUAUACGCAUAAUAUUAUCUAGUACAUAAGCAAUACUACCUGAAAAAUAUAUUUAAAUUAAAAUACAUAACGGAGAACAAUAUGCCGAGUACGGAAGAGAAAACGACGCCUUAUCUAAUUCAAGUAAUGCCAGAAACUCAUUACCGAACUUUAGAUGUCGAUCUAUUGGUAUCCCAGAUAAAGAAAAGCUUACGGUUUACAAACCUGAAGGCCAAGUCGAGCGUAAGCUCACACAAACCGAGAUCAUCGCCGUAUCUGAUUCCAUCACGCAUCGAAAGACAGGCCUAUUUCCACAAUCAAAAUAACGACAACAACAACAGCAAAACCGACGAAGAUGAUCCCUAUGAAAAGUUACGAGAACUGAUAAAACAGGGACGGCUUAUCAAGGAGGCGGUAAAAAAACUACAGAUGAUGAACUUUGAAAAUUUAUCAAACAAUACAGACAGCGAUGAUCAGGAUCGUCAUGACGACGACGACGAUGAUGAAAAUACACAUCAUCGUACUUUCCGGAGAAAAACAUUUUACUAUGACUCCGAGGACGAGCCCUUGCCGGCAGUGUAUGAUUCUCUAGAUCUUUGAGUUUACUUGUAAUUUGUGUUGUCAGUGUAUGCGUGCUAUUAAUUACAAACUAAUUAUUAGUUUAAUUAUAUUACCAUAAUAAUGAUGAUGAUUUAAAUAGUAUACGAAAAAGAAAAAUAAAGUUGCUGUGAAUAAUUCGCGUUAUUGAAGUGCGGAAAUUGGCUUGGAUGAACGAUGAGUUACUGACGAAAUCGUAUUUCUAUCGUUUACUCACCAAGUAUCUCUCUCUCUCUCUCUCACUCUACGAGUUCCUCUUUAGUCUGCUCACACACCUUAUAUUCCCCUGUUCCUGUCUCACUCUUUCCUCCUCAACCUCAUCCUUCUCUUCCACCUACUCGUGCUUUCCGCUCGGUCAUAUUUGCCAUUGUAGUCGCGCUGCCUGGUACCAUGUAUCCGACAAACGUACAAAUAUAUACAUAUACAUAUAUAUAACACAUCCAUACAUAAUACGCUUACAAACAUUGAUUUAUUAAUGUAUAUUAUAUAUAUGUACAUGUAGUACGUUACAACAAGCUGAUACAUUUAUAUAUUUUGAGGCCAUACUGAAGAACACAAGUUAGUCGUCUCAUCAAAAUUAGGCACUCAGCUGAACUCUUCCUUAAAUGGACAUGUUUGUAAAUAUUAUUGAGUUAUAAUCAUUUUUUUUUUACGCUUAAACAAUUAUUACGCUUGGUGUCGGUAGUAGUAGUAGUAGUAGUACAGUAAAUAAUAUGUAAUAAGCGUAUUCAUUAUCACAUUGCAUAUACUUAUAUCAGCUUAUACAUGAGAAAACUUACAAGCGUAAGAUUUAUUUAAAAUUUAGUCUAACUAAAUUUCACACGACACCAUUAUUAUAUCAAAACAUCUGUGUUUGUAAUGUUUUACAAACGCUGCUGGUGUUUUGUCGAUCAGACAUUCCAACGUAUUCGUCAUCGGCUCCAUUACCCCAUACUGAGUAUUCCGUUAGAAUAUAAUAUACAUAAUUAUAUUUUAUCCCAAGCAAUAAAUUUAUAGAAAUAUUUUAAAUUUAUUUAUCUAAUUAAUGGAUUAGUUGAAGAAGAGAAAAAAAAAAAAAAAAAACGUAAAUAAAUAAAUAAAAGAAAUGAUGACUAGUCUGAAGUGUUGAAGUAAGUUAUGUAAGCAGUAGAUCGAUGAUACACGUCUCAGCAAACUUGUUCAUUCUUGACAUCGAUACCCGUCCGAUAUUAUUAAUGUAGUUCUGAGAAUGCCGUAUACAUAUACAUAUAUAUAAGUUUUGUGUUAAAAGACGACUAGACUAACAUAAACGCUAUUCUAUUCUUGUAAAUUGUUGGUAUGGUAUAUAGAGUGUACACGUAUAUAGAACUCUAGUGUCUAGCAGACACACUUGAUACCCCCAGGCAUGUACAUAUGACCGCGGAGAUUGCCUAUCUAAAGAGUUUGUCAAUAAAAUAGCGGGCAAGUUAAGGGUGAGAGAGCUUUUCAGAGAAGUAAUUAAAAAAAAAAAAAAAAAAAAAAAAA